AUGCGCCUCUCCAAAACCCUUGUCGACAUGGACAUGGCUGACUACAGCGCCGCGCUGGACCCAGCCUACACCACCCUGGAGUUUGAGAAUGUGCAGGUGUUGACGAUGGGCAAUGACACAUCCCCGACAGAAAGCGCCAAUCUCAACGCGCCCAACAGCCUGGGCGUCAGCGCCCUAUGCGCCAUCUGUGGGGACCGGGCCACGGGGAAGCACUACGGGGCCUCGAGCUGUGAUGGCUGCAAGGGCUUCUUCCGGAGGAGCGUGAGAAAAAACCACAUGUACUCGUGCAGAUUUAGCCGGCAGUGCGUGGUGGACAAGGACAAGAGGAACCAGUGCCGUUACUGCAGACUCAAGAAGUGCUUCCGGGCUGGCAUGAAGAAGGAAGCUGUCCAGAACGAGCGGGACCGGAUCAGCACACGCAGGUCCAGUUACGAGGACAGCAGCCUCCCCUCCAUCAAUGCCCUCCUACAGGCUGAAGUCUUGUCUCAGCAGAUCACCUCCCCCGUCUCUGGGAUCAAUGGUGACAUCCGGGCCAAGAAAAUCGCCAGCAUUGCUGACGUGUGUGAGUCCAUGAAGGAGCAGCUUCUGGUGCUGGUCGAGUGGGCCAAGUACAUCCCAGCCUUCUGUGAGCUCCCGCUGGACGACCAGGUGGCCCUGCUCAGAGCCCACGCCGGCGAGCACCUGCUGCUUGGAGCCACUAAGCGAUCCAUGGUGUUCAAGGACGUACUGCUGCUAGGCAAUGACUACAUCGUCCCCCGGCACUGCCCGGAGCUGGCCGAGAUGAGCCGUGUCUCCAUGCGCAUCCUCGACGAGCUGGUGCUGCCGUUCCAGGAGCUGCAGAUCGAUGACAACGAGUAUGCCUGCCUCAAAGCCAUCAUCUUCUUCGACCCAGAUGCCAAAGGGCUGAGCGACCCGGGCAAGAUCAAGCGGCUGCGUUCCCAGGUGCAAGUGAGCCUGGAGGAUUACAUCAACGACCGCCAGUACGACUCUCGAGGCCGCUUCGGCGAGCUGCUGCUGCUGCUGCCCACGCUGCAGAGCAUCACGUGGCAGAUGAUCGAGCAGAUCCAGUUCAUCAAGCUCUUCGGCAUGGCCAAGAUCGACAACCUGCUGCAGGAGAUGCUGCUGGGAGGACCGUGGUCCUCCAGCGAUGCACCCCAUACCCACCACCCCCUGCACCCUCACCUGAUGCAGGAACACAUGGGCACCAAUGUCAUUGUUGCCAACACAAUGCCUGCUCAUCUCAGUAAUGGACAGAUGUGUGAGUGGCCCCGUCCCAGGGGGCAGGCAGCCACCCCUGAGACCCCUCAGCCUUCACCGCCAGGUGGUUCGGGGUCUGAGCCCUACAAGCUGCUGCCGGGAGCCAUCACCACGAUCGUCAAACCCCCCUCUGCCAUCCCCCAGCCAACCAUCACCAAACAAGAGGUCAUCUAG